GAGAAUGGCGGGGCUGUCGGUGCGGGACCCAGCCGUGGACCGGUCCCUGCGCUCCGUGUUCGUGGGAAAUAUACCCUAUGAAGCCACAGAGGAGCAGUUGAAGGACAUUUUCUCAGAGGUUGGACCUGUCGUCAGUUUCCGAUUGGUAUACGACAGAGAGACAGGCAAACCAAAAGGCUAUGGCUUCUGUGAAUAUCAAGACCAGGAAACGGCACUCAGUGCCAUGCGGAACCUGAAUGGGCGCGAAUUCAGUGGGAGGGCUCUGCGUGUGGACAACGCAGCCAGCGAGAAGAAUAAAGAGGAGCUGAAGAGCUUGGGCACCGGGGCCCCCAUCAUUGAGUCACCCUAUGGUGACCCAGUGAACCCUGAAGAUGCUCCGGAGUCCAUCAGCAGGGCUGUUGCCAGCCUCCCACCUGAGCAGAUGUUUGAGCUGAUGAAGCAGAUGAAGCUGUGCGUCCAGAACAGUCCUCAGGAGGCUCGGAGCAUGCUGCUGCAGAACCCACAGCUCGCCUACGCCCUGCUGCAGGCCCAGGUGGUGAUGCGAAUUGUUGAUCCUGAGAUCGCUCUGAAAAUUCUGCAUCGCCAGACCACUGUUCCUGCUCUGAUUCCAGGCAAUCCACAAGCAGUUCCUGGGCCUGGACCCGGGCCUGGACCAGGACCCGGACCUGGUCCUGGUCCAAACACACAGAUGAACCAACCGAAUGUCCCGUCAUCCCAGCCACAGCAAAUUCAGGGUGGUAUGCAUGUCAAUGGAGCCCCUCCUCUGAUGCAGCCUUCUAUGCCAGGUGGAGUACCAGCUCCAGGUCAGAUGCCCACCUCCGUACCUGGCCCCGGCCCCAUGGCUCCAGGUGGGGGCAUGCCCGGAGGUGGGCCGAUGCUCAUGGAACGCGGGCAAGUGGACAAUGAGAGUGAUGCUUUCCCCAGUAAUGCUCCAUCAGGGAACAUGCAGCUCUCUCCUGUGGGACCUGCCAGGCCUGCCUCUAUUGAGCGAGUUCAAGUACCGAUGCCAGACCCGAGAGCCCCCAUGCAACGCGGGCCAAUGCCAGCGAGUGGCCCGCCACCCCGAGGCCUUUUGGGAGAUGCCCCCAAUGACCCCCGCGGAGGGACCUUGCUUUCCGUCACUGGAGAAGUUGAGCCCAGAGGUUACCUCGGCCCGCCCCACCAGGGCCCGCCCCACCAAGUCCAGCCCAUGCACCACAUGCCUGGCCAUGACAGCCGAGGGCCACCCCCACAUGAAAUGAGAGGAGGACCGAUGGGAGAACCCAGACCCUUGAUGGGAGAGCCACGAGGACCCUUGAUGGAUGGCCGAGGGGGAAGAGAUCCGAGAGGCAUGGAACCUCGAGGCAUGGAUGGCAGAGGAAUGGAGCCCAGAGUGAUGGAUACCAGGGGUAUGGAGCCCAGAGGAAUGGAGCCCAGAGUGAUGGAUACCAGGGGCAUGGAACCAAGAGGAAUGGAGCAAAGAGGAAUGGAGCAAAGAGGAAUGGAGCAAAGAGGGAUGGAGCAAAGAGGAAUGGAAUCUAGAGGAAUGGAGCCCCCAAGGGGCAUGGAGCCUCGUGGGAUGGAGCCAAGGGGCAUGGAGCCUCGUGGGAUGGAGCCAAGGGGCAUGGAGCCCCCAAGGGGCAUGGAGCCCAGAGGCAUGGAGCCCCCAAGGGGCAUGGACUCAAGAGGCAUGGAGCCAAGGGGCAUGGAGCCCAGAGGCAUGGAACCUCGGGGCCCCGGUCCCAACCCUCGUGGUCCAAUGUCCGGGGGAAUCCAAGGCCCUGGGCCUCUUAACAUGGGAGCCAGCGGUCCACAGGGGCCUAGACAGGUUCCUAAUAUGGCAGGGACAGCCAUGCAAGCCGGAGGCAUGCCUGGGGCAGGCGUGCAAGCAGCCAGCCAGCCUGGGGGCUUCAGUCCUGGCCAAAACCAGGUAACACCCCAGGAUCACGAAAAGGCCGCCCUCAUCAUGCAGGUCCUCCAGUUGACGGCAGACCAGAUAGCCAUGUUGCCUCCCGAGCAAAGGCAAAGCAUCCUGAUUCUGAAAGAGCAGAUACAGAAGUCCACCGGGGCCCCCUGACAAGCUGCGUU